AUGGAAGAGAAAGUAGUGUUGAAAUUGGGAGAGAAAUUCAAGAGCUUGGAUGGAAAAGUAAAGAAACAGUGCUUAGAUAAAGAUACUGCCAUUGUUGUGUUCCUAUCGAGCUCCUAUAUAGCCAUACUAAUAAAUUGGGUUUUAUUUACUUUCUACUUUUAUACAGGUAGAAAACAUGUGUCAAUGCUCAAUUCGAGAAAGUUUUCUGGUUUAACAAAUUUAUUGUUCAACAGAAGAACUAUAGAAGAAUUGCCAAAUAGCAAGCGUAAAUGUUUAAGAGCAGGGAAAGUGUCUCCUCAUCGGCCUGUCCCUGCUCACAUACCAAGGCCUCCUUAUGUCAAUUCUAAGAAACCACCUGGCUUUGCAAGUAGACCAGAGGUGCAUGAUAAGAAAGGGAUAGAAUGCAUGAAAGCUUCAGGAAAGCUCGCUGCACAGGUUCUUCAGUAUGCUGGGACCUUAAUCAAGCCAGGCUUAACAACGGAUGAAAUUGAUGAAGCAGUUCAUCAUAUGAUCAUCAACAAUGGAGCAUAUCCCUCUCCACUUGGUUAUGGCAGGUUCCCAAAGAGUGUAUGCACAUCUGUGAACGAGUGCAUUUGCCAUGGAAUCCCAGAUUCACGCGUGCUUGAGGAUGGUGAUAUUGUCAAUAUUGACAUCACAGUUUAUCUCAAUGGUUAUCAUGGUGAUACUUCAACAACAUAUUUUGUUGGAGAUGUUGAUGAGGAAGCCAGAAACUUGGUAAAAGUAACCAAAGAAUGCCUUGACAAUGCAAUAUCAAUAUGUGCACCAGGAGUAGAAUUUAACAAAGUUGGCAAGACAAUACAUGACCGUGCAGAUAAACACCAUUACGGGGUUGUCCAACAGUUUGUUGGCCAUGGAGUUGGACGGGUUUUCCAUAGCGAUCCAGUCAUUCUGCACUUCAUGAACAAUGGUCAUGGACGCAUGUUGCUGAAUCAGACUUUCACAAUUGAACCGAUGCUGACAAUUGGCAGCAUUAACCCAAUAAUGUGGGAUGAUAAUUGGACUGUUGUGACAGAGGAUGGGAAUCUGUCCGCUCAAUUCGAGCAUACCCUCUUAAUUACCGAGAAUGGUGCUGAGAUACUAACCCAAUGUUAAGAUGGAAUUACUAAGCAUUGUCAAAGAGAAGCUGAGAACGGGGCAUCCCCCGUAGACCAUACGUUAUCAUGGGAUGCAACUUUAUUCACUUAAUUAAUUAGGAAAGGGUACCCAUUUGACUUCCAAUUUAUUCGAUGUCCCUUUUCUUCAAUCAUUUGGGAUUGAAUCUUGACUUGUAUAUUUUCUUGUUGUAUACUAGUAAUUCGUAGGGAUAGAUUCUCACACUUGUAUUAUUAUUGAAUUAUUUAUGCAUGUCAACUGUUUUAUGUUUUUUCAAA